AUGACCUUAGUCCAAGAAUUUCGGUCUUGGAUCACCCCUGCUCAAGGCCCGGUUUCUGCAUCCACAGAAUUGGGACAUGCGGCGCCGGCUACGUCGCAAGUGCCGUUCCCUCGCUCCGACUCCAAGCCCACCGUAAUUGCCUUCCUCCGGCAUUGCGGCUGUCCAUUCGCCGAAAAGACCUUCCUUCGACUUCGAGACGCAGCUGACAGAAAUCCCGAAGUCAAAUUCAUCGCUGUGUCCCAUUCCUCAGAGCUACAUACGUCAAAAUGGCUUGCGGAAGUCGGAGGGGCUGGAGACACCAAUCCGGUUGACGUCGUCGUUGACGAAGACCGCGCUGUGUACGCCAAGUGGGGCCUUGGCAUAUCCUCUUUCCUGCACGUCCUGAGCCCGGGAGAAUUGAGUGAAGUCUUCAGUCUGGCAUGGAACGAGGGUAUCAGAAACAGGCCAACAGAGAGCGGAAAUCGCUGGCAAACCUCUGGAGCUUGGGCAGUCAAUGAGCGUGGAAUUAUCGUUUGGGGGCAUGCGGCCAAAGGAGCUUCCGAAAUUCCGGACUUCGACGAAGCUGUGACGCAAGUGUAG